UUUGCUAAUAAUUAGGAGAGAGAGUGUGAGGGAGAAGUGUAUCAGAAGCCUCAGUGUCUCCUUUCUAUAAUUUUGAUGAGUGAUGUGCAUUUCUCGUUUCAGAAGAUUGAUUAUUUAAAAUUUUUAAAUAAAUUGAAAAAAAGCGGAGAAGAGAACAGAAGGGGAGUCUUAUUAGGCUUCAUUUUUUUUUACAUAUAAAUAAUUUCUUCGAUGCAUUUGAAGGCUCUCGAAGAAGAACCCAGAAAAGGUCAGAUGAGGAAGGAGUAUGCAUGAUAAUCUAAUGGCUGAUUCUGAUCCAGAGUCCGAAAUCCCAUCUGAUACGUUGGGCCUGAGGCAUAUAAGCGGCUCACUUUUCAGUAUUCCUGGUUUCUUUGUAGGGUUUGGUAAAGGUUCAUCAGAUUCCGAUUCAAUUAGAAGCCCCACUUCUCCUCUUGACAUUGGAGUUUUUUCGAACUUAAAAAAUCCCGCGAAUUGUAGAUACGCUCGAUCAUCAUCGUUGUCCCAAAAUGGAUUUCAAAAGGAGUGGCAUUACAGUAAAGUAGGCCUUGGCAUUGUCAACUCACUUGUUGAUGAUACAACUGGUGGAGUUCUUGAUAUCCCAAAGCAGAACAUAAUUUUCGGAUCACAAGUUAAAACUAAUACCACUAAUUCCUUUAAAGAUUACCAUGAUUCGCUUGAUUCUUCCUUGAAAUCCAAAUCUUUACCUACAAACUACAUAGCUUCCCGGCUUUCUCAAACCAAGUGUCUUAAAUCCCAAUUGGGUGCCAAAAAUGUUGUCAUUGAUGGUAAGGAAGUACCAUUAGAAUCUGAACCGUAUAAAAACACUCCUUUGUGUUUCUCGGAUUCAACUGUGCCUUCUUCACUUGUCAGCUUUUCCUAUACUCACAACUUGAGGUCUGAAAACUUCUGUUCGGAAGCUAAAACUAGAAUGAGUUCAUCCUUGGUGAUUGGCACCGCUUUUGAAGUAGAAAAUUCUUUGAGUAUUAAACCGAGUACUGUUCCGAUACCUAUUGGGCCCAGCCAGGGAUAUGUGGGUUCUCUUUCUAAAAGAGAGAUGGAACUUUCUGAGGACUAUACCUGUAUAAUUUCCCAUGGUCCAAACCCUAAAACAAUUCAUAUUUUUGGCGACUGCGUUUUAGAAUGUUGCGCAAAUGAGACGGAAAAUUUUGGUAAGAAGGAAGAAUUGGGGAUCAAAUCACCUCAAGUGGCCGCUAAUUCGGAGGAUUUAGGCCCAGUUCACUCUGAUGAAGUUUUGACAUUUUGUUACUCUUGCAAGAGAAAGUUGGUAGAAGAUAAAGACAUUUAUAUGUACAGAGGUGAGAAAGCCUUUUGCAGUUUUGAUUGCUGCUUGGAUGAGAUUUCCGACGAGGAAACAGAAAAAACUGACCAAAAAUCUGCUAGAAGUUCUCCUGCUUCGAGCUUCCAUGAAGAUCUCUUCUUACUGGGCAUGCCUGUUGCCAUGUAACGGAUUGCUAUGGCUUUACCAGGCUUCUCUAGAUUGUCCGUUCCUUAAGCGCUGUCUGUGAGAUUCUGUUUGCAGCCAUGGAUGGUCAGGAAACAUUUUGCACUAUUUGCUUAUUAUGUUUGGAUAUUCAAAUUUGGAAGUACUGGUCAGUUAUGAGUAGUAGCAGGACUUAGAUGGCUUUUUUUUUUUUAAUAUGUUUUUUGAUAAGAUGGGUUUCAAGUGGCUAUCAAAACCCUGGCUCUUUAGUUUUCAUAUCUUUGUCAUGCCCAUUUGAUUUGGUUAGGAGUUGAUGUGGAAGCCUUUUUGAAACUCUGAUGAGCUCAUUAUAUAAUGUAUGCAGUAUCCAAAUAACAAUUGGUAUCUUCUAUUUCUUGUUAAAUCUUUCCAAGACUUCUAAGGAUCCCCUUUAUU